CUACCUUCCCCCUGCCCUCCCCUCGGCCUCGUCUGCAGUGGGCCCCAACCGUCGCCCGAACCAUACAGAACCCCAUCUCUCUCUCUCUCUCUCUCUCUCUCUCCUUUCUCUUUCAUCUAAUUUCUCUGGAGAGAGAAACCUCGGGGAGAGAGAGAAUGGCUGAAAAGUUCGGGUCGACGUUGCUGUGUGCGCCGGUGGUGGAGAAGACGGUGGAGGAGAUGGUGGCGGAGAUGUCGGCGGCGAGGUCUCAGGGAGCUGACGUGGCCGAGCUCAGGAUCGAUCACCUCGCUGCCUUUGAAAUGAGGCCGGACCUCGAGCUCUUGAUCAAGAAUCGACCCCUCCCCGUUCUAGUCACCUACAGGCCAAAGUGGGAAGGAGGUCAGUAUGAAGGCGAUGAUAGAAAACGGUUCGAAGCACUUCAUUUAGCCAUGGAAUUGGGAGCAGAAUACGUAGAUGUUGAGCUCAAGGUCGCUCGGGAGUUUUUGCACUUCUUAUCAGGGAAGAGGCCAGAGGGCGCUAAGCUCAUUGUGUCUUCUCAUAACUAUCAAUUCACUCCAUCUACUGAGGAGCUCAGCACUUUGGUGGCAAGAAUACAAGCUGUUGGAGCCGACAUAGUAAAGAUUGCAACAUUUGCUGUCGACAUUUGUGAUGUGGCACGCAUGUUUCAAGUGCUUGUGCACUGCCAAGGAUUACAGGUCCCAAUGAUAGGAUUGUGCAUGGGUGAAAGAGGAGUGAUCUCUCGGAUACUUUGCCCUAAAUUUGGAGGGUAUCUUACUUUUGGCACACUUAGUGCUGGAAAAGAAUCAGCUCCUGGUCAGCCAACUAUGUCAGAUUUAUUGGACGUUUAUAGAAUCAAGCAGAUAGGAGUUGAUACAAAAGUAUACGGAUUAAUUGGAAAGCCAGUGGGACAUAGCAAAAGCCCUAAGUUGCACAAUGCGGUAUUUAAAGCAGUUGGUCUCAAUGCGGUUUAUGUGCCUUUUUUGACUGAUAACCUUGCUAAUUUCCUCAAUACCUACUCAUCUCCAGAUUUUACUGGGUUCAGUAAUACAAUGCCUCACAAGGAAACAGCAGUUACUCUCUGUCAUGAAGUUGAUCCAGUUGCUAAGUCUAUAGGUGCUGUAAACACUAUCAUAAGGAGACAAACUGAUGGCAAACUUGUUGGUUACAACACUGACUAUACUGGUGCAAUUUCUGCUAUUGAGGAUGGAAUUAGAGGAUUGCAGGGGCACAAAGAUGGCACUGUUUCUCCUCUGGCCGGUAGGCUUUUUGUUGUCAUAGGUGCUGGAGGUGCUGGGAGAGCACUUGCUUUUGGAGCAAAGUAUAAGGGUGCAAGAGUUAUGAUUGCAAACCGUACCUAUGAUCGAGCAAGGGAGCUUGCUGAUUUAGUUGGAGGACAGGCUUUAAGUCUUACUGAGUUGGAAAAUUUUCAUGCGGAGGAAGGUGCUGUACUUGCAAACACAACAUCUAUAGGGAUGAAUCCAAACAUUCACGAUACACCUCUAUCUUCUAAGCAAGCUCUCAGUUCUUACGCUGUGGUGUUCGAUGCUAUUUAUAACCCAAAAGUAACUAGGCUCAUGCGUGAAGCUCGAGAGUGUGGAGCCGCUCUUGUUAGUGGAGAGGAGAUGUUCUUGAGGCAAGCAAUGGGGCAAUUUGAACUCUUCACAAAUUCAUCAGCUCCUUCAGACUUGAUGCGAGAAAUUAUAAUGAAAAGCACUUAACUGGUCUUGUCUAUGGUUCAAUUUAUAUGCUAUCAUAAAUUAGCGGGAGAGCGUCACAAUAAAUUUGGAGAGGGGUAGAAUUGAUGGCUCCAAUUCUUGCAGAAGGUUCGAUAAUUUCUGCCGAAUUUGUUGUAUUCUAGCCUUGUUUACGGCAAUAAUGUGUCUAUAGGUGUAACUUGUAGGAACUGUUGAGCACUUCAUGUGUCCAGCUCUUCAAUAGGCUCUUUCUUGGUACAUGAUAAUCAUAGAGAGGAAAUUUUAUUUCCUGAAAAUGUAAUCUGUCUUCUUCCUUUUUUCCCCCAACUGUGGAGGAUGCUUGCAUCAAAUUUAUACCAUGAACAUUGAGAAGUAAAGAUUGUUUUGAUUCCCACUUGAUAUUUUGAGGGGGUUAGCCUCUUCUUUUUUUUUUUU